AUGCAGCGACUGCAUAUAGCAGAACCCUUACCCGAUGAAGUUCUUCCAACAGAGCCACUACAUGACAUGAAAGAACACACCUGCGAUGUGGUAUCUGAAAUAAAGGACCACCUUUCUCAAGAAGAGAAACAACUAUGUGAAAAGACCAUUGAAUUUGUAGUCCAAACCAAAGAGCAUUUUUGUGGUUCUGAUCGAGAGAUGGCUAUUGUGCUUUCCAAACAACUGACAGGUUUGCAACAACUUUGUUGUAUAUGUAUACAAUUCUAAUGUAAUCUUCCUCAACACAGCCGUCUACUGUUAUGAACAGUUACACACAUGCAUGUACAGAAGAAACUGAUUAUUUCCAAAAUAGAAUUUACUCUUUUUUCCCUUUUCCUUCUUUAAUUUGUAUUUUGUUAUCACUUUAAUAUAAAUAUGUAAUGAAAUGUACUGUUUGUGAAGUUGUUAAUGAAGGUUAUUUUAAAAAAUAUCCAAAAUAAAAAAUUAACAAUCAUGCAGUCAUUAUUAUCAUGAUUAUAAUAUUAUCAUCGUUUUCAGAGGACUUGUGACAAAUAUAACAAACUUUUAGAGCAGAAAAUACUUACAUUAAUACAGUGACUUUCCUGAUCCUCUCACUGAAUGACAAGUUCAAAAGAGAAAAAUUCAUUAGGCAGUAUCAAAAAUAAGUAAAAAAGAAAAAUUAAAAAUUAUAUCCAUAUAAAGUAUAUAAAUAAAAAGUCUAUCAAGCAACCCUAGCACCAUAUGAUGUCUUCAUAUAUUCAUUAUUCAACAGGAUUUUUGAGUGAUAAGGUGCAGACCCUUUUUGACACUAUGACAGAAAUAUCAAGCAUUCUAUAUUCAAGGCCAGAGAAGUGCUGUCAAAAAAGCAUUUUAAGACUCCACAAUCAGACCUUUCUUCAUGCCAUUGCCUGUGAGGAGGUCUUUGGGAGGCCGCAAGCUCUCUGUGAGAAGUUUUAUGAGCGGUACUUUCAUUCUUUGGUUGUACAUGCUCCCAUCCAACACCGUAUUAUCUGUCUUAGGUCAACAAACACAGAGCAGCAAGAACGUCACUUCAAUGCCUUUUUAAGUAUCUCUGCGGCAAUAUCAAGCAGAAGACCUGGUGAAAUCAUAACCCCUGGAAUCAUUAGAAUGCAAGCUGAGGUUAAGUCUGAGGAGAGCAAGCAGCGAGACAUACUGAAAGAGCAAGAGUCUAGACUUGGGAAGCUGGCAUGCCAUUUGCCUAAAGCACAAAACACCAUCAUACCACACAGAAUCAUACUUAAGUACCUACAUGCAUUUCAAGCACAUCUUGAAAAAAUAGCUGAUUUUCUCCAUUGUGGUGAAGGCAUCUGGUGGUGGUAUAUCAUGGCAGGUGUUGAAUUCCUAGAUGGUCCUGGUGAAAAGGAAAGCCAGGAUGAUGGCCCACCACGUCAUCACUUUCGUACUCAUACACUCAAGUCUGAAGAGAAAUACUUAAAAGAUUGUUGGAAGGAGUGCAUAACCAAUGGGAUUCCCAUCCCUCACCCUCCAGUGAGAAUCUGUGACGGCGACGGCAAUUUGCAAUACAUAAAAUAUACAAGGUUUCUAAAAGAUGAUGAUUCCACUGAUGAUGAGAGUAGUGACGAAGAAGUAAAUGAAAAUGACACCAUCUACGAAAAUGACAUUUCUGACACUCAACAAAUGAGGAAGAACUUGAAGACAUUUAUGAUUUCCAGCAAGUGGGAGAAUGUCUUAUGGAGUGUGCUCAAGAAGAAAAUUUGGACGAGACUUGUCAUAACGAAGAAGACUUCUUAA